UGUGUAGUAGCCUACUAUAACCGCAUGGGAGCCUGCUUGCCUGCAGACUGGUUUGGCAGCUUGCCUCUGAUUUUACUGUAGGCUAGUGAGCGAUACGAGGCUGUGUGUGCGUGUGUGUGUGAACUUACAGUGUAGUAGUGUGUGUUUUUCCGAGGACAUGGCUAAGAGUUUCACUCUUCUAUGGGGGUCCGGAUCCACCCCGUGCUGGCGCGUCAUGAUCGCCCUGGAGGAGAAGCAGCUGCAGGGGUAUAACCAGAAACUGCUGUCCUUCGCCAAGGGAGAGCACCGGUCUCAGGAAGUACUCGACAUCAACCCCCGGGGACAGCUCCCUGCCUUCAAGCAUGGAGAUAGCAUCCUGAAUGAGUCCUAUGCUGCCGUCAUGUACAUAGAGAGCCAGUACAGGUCACAGGGCACUCCUCUCAUCCCUGCAGGCCAGGCUGAACAGGCCCUGAUGUACCAGCGCAUGUUCGAGGGACAGGUUCUGUUCCAGAAACUCAGUGACAUAGUGUACUACAACCUCCGUGUCCCGGAGGCAGAGAGACACGAGUCGGCUAUGAAGAGGAACAUGGAGACUCUGGCUGCCGAACUCAAGAUGUGGGAGGGAUACUUGGGGAAGAUGGACGCCGGGUCAUGCCUGGCAGGAAAAGCAUUCUCAUUGGCUGACGUGCUUGUCUUUCCAGUGGUCGCCUAUGCAGUGCGUUAUGGGAUGUCCCUGGACCGCUAUCCCCUUCUCGCUGCCUACUACAACAUGCUCAAGGACCGCCCCAGCAUCAAGGCCACCUGGCCCCCUCAUUGGCUGGAAGGCCCUGGGAAUGGCGCCAUCAAGGACCUAUGAGAGCUCAGGGUCCUGGAAUAAACAGCAUCAAUGGGCUAUGAGGGCCUAUGCGACAAUCAAACAACUGUUUUUAUUAGUGUUUUUUUGUUUAAGUAAUGCUUUUUUGAAAACUACCUCUUGACACAUUUACAAAUAAAAGUUGCUCAUUGGUCAGUGA